AAAAAAAAAAAGGGACUCCUCUCGUCGCCUGUUUUCUUCUUCUUCUUCUUCUUACCCGCUGAACGUUUUUGAAUGAAAGCUAAGAUAACCGGCUCGGUUUCGUAACACGCUGCACCGGUAGCAGCGCGGAGGAAAAAUACAUGUUUUUUUUUUUUUGUUGUUUUUUUUUUCCGAGGAUGCGGAUUUGACGGAAAGACGAUAUGAGAGUCACCUGGGAUUUUGUUUUUUAAAUGGUUAAAUUUUUUUUUUGAAUUAGCGCGUCGUUAGCAACGGAAGAUACCUUUCAUGUCUGGUGAAAUACUGUCGUUAUAGUAACAAGAACGGCCUUUGAUGUCUGGCGAAAUACUGUCGUUAUAGUGACAAGAACGACACCUUCUGCUGCAGGAGACAAAAUAAAGGGUUGAAUGUGUUUUCCUCCAGCCUUGACACCAUGAGCACCAUCUCACCGACAGACUUUGACAACUUGGAGAUCCAGCAGCAGUACAAUGACAUCAACAACCGCUGGGACCUGGCAGCAGAGACUGACUGGGAUAAUGAGAACAGUUCAGCACGCCUCUUUGAGCGCUCACGCAUCAAAGCUCUAGCAGCAAAGGCCAUGGAGUGGGACCACAGGGACAGAGAGCCCUGCUUGUCCCCAGCAGCAUUUGUUAAUCAGGUGCAAUACUCCAACAUCUUGGAAGGAAGGUUUAAACAGCUGCAAGAUGAGCGUGAAGCAGUGCAGAAGAAGACCUUCACCAAAUGGGUGAACUCUCACCUGGGCCGAGUCACCAGUCGCAUCGGUGACUUGUACACUGACCUACGAGAUGGCCGUAUGCUUAUCCGCCUUCUGGAAGUGCUCUCGGGAGAACAGCUGCCAAAGCCCACAAAGGGUCGCAUGCGUAUCCACUGCCUGGAGAAUGUCGAUAAAGCCCUGCAGUUUCUGAAAGAGCAAAAAGUCCAUCUAGAAAACAUGGGCUCACAUGACAUUGUGGAUGGGAAUCACCGUCUCACCCUGGGUCUCAUCUGGACCAUCAUCCUACGCUUCCAGAUCCAGGACAUCAGUGUGGAGACAGAAGACAACAAGGAGAAGAAAUCAGCGAAAGAUGCCCUCCUGCUUUGGUGCCAAAUGAAAACUGCUGGAUAUCCCAAUGUCAACAUCCACAACUUCACCACCAGCUGGAGAGAUGGUCUCGCGUUCAGUGCCAUCGUGCACAAACACAGACCCGACGUGAUUGAGUUCGACAACCUGAAGAGAUCCAAUGCUCACUACAAUCUCCAGAAUGCUUUCAAUGUGGCCGAGAAGGAUCUGGGGCUAACCAAGCUGCUGGACCCAGAAGAUGUUAAUGUUGAUCAGCCUGAUGAAAAAUCCAUCAUCACCUAUGUGGCGACCUACUACCAUUACUUCUCCAAAAUGAAAGCCCUGGCAGUGGAGGGCAAACGCAUUGGCAAGGUGCUGGACUAUGCUAUCGAAGCAGACCAGCUGAUAGACAAGUAUGAGACCCUUGCUUCGGAGCUGCUGCAGUGGAUUGAACAGACCAUUGGCACGCUCAACGAUCGGCAGCUAGCUAACUCACUGAAUGGUGUGCAGAACCAGCUGCAGGCUUUCAACUCCUACAGGACUGUUGAGAAACCUCCCAAAUUUACAGAGAAAGGAAACUUGGAGGUCCUCCUCUUUACCAUCCAGAGCAAGAUGAGAGCAAACAAUCAGAAGGUCUACAUGCCAAGAGAGGGCAAACUCAUCUCUGACAUCAAUAAGGCAUGGGAGCGACUGGAGAAGGCAGAGCAUGAACGAGAGCUGGCGCUGAGAAAUGAGUUGAUUCGUCAGGAGAAGCUGGAGAUGCUUGCCGCGCGUUUUGAUCGCAAGGCUGCUAUGAGAGAGACGUGGCUGAGUGAGAACCAGAGGCUGGUGUCUCAGGACAACUUUGGGACUGACUUAGGAGCAGUUGAAGCUGCCACCCGUAAACAUGAAGCCAUUGAAACAGACAUUGGGGCAUAUUGGGAGCGUGUGGCUGCUGUGGAGGCUGUUGCCAUAGAGCUGGAAGCAGAGGCCUACCAUGAUGUACGACGAGUAACUGUACGGAGGGACAACGUGCUUCGACUCUGGGAAUACCUCAAAGAGCUUCUAACUGCACGCAGAGAGCGUCUGAAUGCCCAUCGAGACCUUCAGAGACUGUUUCAGGAGAUGCGCUACAUCAUGGACUGGAUGGCAGACAUGAAGAGUCGUCUGCAGUCUCCAGACAGUGGCAAACAUUUGCACGACGUGUUGGAUCUACUGCAGAAACACACUCUGGUGGAGGCUGACAUUUCGGCACAGGCAGAGAGGAUCAAGGGAGUGCAGGCAGCUGCACAGCGCUUCACUUCCCACGAACAGGCCUACAAACCUUGCGAACCAGGACUAGUCAGUGAAAAGGUCGACCUGCUCGGCGAUGCCUAUGAGGAGCUCGGUCAGCUAGCUGGGAAACGCAGAGAGCGUCUGGAGGACUCGCGUCGCCUCUGGCAGUUCAUGUGGGAUGUCGGGGAGGAGGCUGCGUGGAUUAGGGAGCAGGAGCAGAUCCUGGCCAGUGGAGACUGUGGCCGAGAUCUCACCUCUGCCCUUCAUCUGCUCAGCAAGCAUGAAGCUUUCAGAGAUGAGAUGGCUGCUCGCUAUGGUCCCCUGAGUAACAGCAUCGCUGCUGGAGAGGCUUUGGUGAGCGAGGGACACUUUGGAGCCCCGGAGGUCAAUGAGAGGAUUCAAGACAUCCGUGCACAGUGGGCAAAUCUGGAGGAGACAACUAAGCUCAGAGAGCAAAAUCUUAAGGAAGCAGUUGCCCUGCAUCAAUUCCAGACAGAUGCCAAUGAUAUGGAGGCAUGGAUCAUGGAAACUCUUCGGCAGGUGUCCAGUCCGGAGGUUGGCCACGAUGAGUUCUCCACCCAAACUCUAGCUCGCAAGCAGAGGGAGAUAGAGGAGGAGAUCCAGAGCCACCGUCCCGGUAUUGACUCCCUGCACGAGCAGGCCGAAGCACUGCCACAGGCCUAUGUACACUACCCUGAGGUGGAAGGCCGCCUACCUGCUAUUGAGCAGCGCUAUGAAGAGCUGGAGUCUCUGUCUGCAGCUCGCCGCCAGGCUUUGGAAGGGGCCCUGGCCCUCUACCGCAUGUUCAGUGAAGCUGGUGCCUGCCAGCUGUGGGUGGAGGAGAAGGAGCAGUGGUUAGAUGGCAUGGAGAUCCCUACCAAACUGGAGGAUCUAGAGGUGGUGCAGCAGAGGUUUGAAACACUGGAACCUGAGAUGAACAACCUGGGCACACGUGUCACCGAUGUGAACCAGGUGGCCCAGCAGCUGCUGAGUUCAGACAACUGUAACAAAGAGCAAAUCCACCAGACACGAGAUCAACUGAAUAACAGGUGGAUGGAGUUUGAAAAAAUGGCUGGUCAAAAGAAACAAGGCCUCGAGUCGGCUCUUAACAUCCAGAAUUAUCACUUGGAGUGUAAUGAGAUCCAGUCUUGGAUGAAGGAAAAGACAAAGGUGAUCGAGUCCACUCAAGGCCUGGGAAAUGACCUUGCUGGAGUAAUGGCUCUGCAACGCAAACUCACUGGCAUGGAGAGAGACCUGGAGGCCAUUCAGGGCAAAUUGGAUGAUCUGAACAACGAGGCAGAGAAGCUGGCGGAGGAACAUCCAGAACAGGCUGCAGAGAUUCAAGGACGCCUGGCAGAGAUUCAAGAGGUGUGGGAGGAGUUGAACGCCACCAUGAAGCGGCGUGAGGAGUCACUGGGGGAAGCAAGCAAGCUGCAGGGCUUCCUAAGGGAUCUGGAUGACUUCCAGUCGUGGCUGUCCCGCACCCAGACAGCUGUGGCCUCAGAAGACAUCCCCACCUCUCUGCCCGAGGCUGAGAGUCUGCUCACCCAGCACGAGUGCAUCAAGAAUGAGGUGGAUAACUAUAAGGAGGACUAUGAGAAGAUGCGGGCAGUUGGUGAGGAGGUGACUCAGGGUCAGACAGAUGCCCAGCACAUGUUCCUGGCACAGAGGCUCCAGGCACUGGACACUGGUUGGCACGAGUUGCGUCGCAUGUGGGAGAACCGGCACAGUCUUCUGGCCCAGGCCUUUGAUUUCCAGAAUUUCUUAAGAGAUGCAAAGCAGGCAGAAGCUUUCCUCAACAGCCAGGAGUACGUGCUGUCGCACACAGAGAUGCCCACCAGUCUGCAGGGAGCCGAGGAGGCCAUCAAGAAGCACGAGGAUUUCCUCACCACCACAGAGGCCAGCGAGGAGAAGAUAACUGGUGUGGUGGAAGCCGGACGGCGCCUCAUUAACGACUCGAAUGCAAAUUCUGAUAAGAUCCAGGAAAAAGUCGACUCCAUCCAGGAAAGACAUCUUAAGAAUAAGGAGGCAGCAAAUGAGUUACUGGCCAAGCUCAAGGAUAACCGUGAACUUCAGCACUUCCUCCAGGAUGGACAGGAGCUCACAUUGUGGAUCAAUGAGAAGAUGCUAACUGCACAGGACAUGUCUUACGAUGAGGCCAGAAAUCUGCACAGCAAGUGGCAGAAACAUCAGGCCUUCAUGGCAGAGCUGGCCUCAAACAAAGACUGGCUGGACAAAAUUGAUAAGGAGGGUCAGGCGCUGGUGGCUGAGAAGCCAGAGCUCAAACCUGUUGUCCAGCAGACCCUUGAGGACCUACAGCGUCAGUGGGAUGAGCUGGAGAGCACCACGCGCACCAAGGCCCAGUGUUUGUUCGACGCUAACCGGGCGGAGCUCUUCACACAGAGCUGUUCCGCUCUGGAUGUCUGGCUGAAAAACCUCGAGGGCCAGCUGCACAGUGACGACUACGGCAAAGAUUUGACCAGUGUCAACAUUCUGCUUCAAAAGCACCAGAUGCUGGAGCACCAGAUGGAGGUCAGAGAAAAGGAGGUAGAGUCCCUUCAGUCUCAGGCACUGGCUCUGACCCAGGAGGACGCGGGAGUGGCGGAGGUAGACGGCCAGCAGAGACGAGUCACUGACAACUUCUCCGGCCUUCAGGAUCCACUGAAACUGAGGAGGCAGCGACUCCUCGCCUCUAAAGAAGCACAUCAGUUCAACCGAGAUCUGGAGGAUGAAAUUCUUUGGGUACGAGAGAGGAUGCCCCUUGCAACAUCCACAGACCACGGGAAAGAUCUGCCAACUGUACAGCUUGUAAUUAAGAAGAACCAGACGUUGCAGAAAGAGAUCCAGGGCCACCAGCCUCGCAUCGACGACAUCCACAGACGAGGCAUGACUCAGAGCCAGGUGGACGGCGAGAGACAGUCCGUCCUGGAGGAGCGUCUCGUUGAAUUGCGGGACCUCUGGGACCAACUGAUUGCCGAGACAGACAAGCGUCACACCCGUCUGAUUGAAGCCAACCGCGCCCAGCAGUUUUAUGCUGACGCAGCGGAGGCAGAGGCCUGGAUGGGUGAGCAAGAGCUGCACAUGAUGUCAGAGGAAAAAGCUAAGGACGAGCAAAGCGCACUAGUGAUGGUCAAGAAGCACCAGACGCUGGAACAGGCACUUGAAGAUUACGCACAAACCAUUCACCAACUGGCUAACAGCAGCCGACUCAUGGUCACCAGUGAACACCCAGAGAGCGAGAGAAUCACCUUGCGGCAGGCCCAGGUUGACAAGCUUUACGCAGGGUUAAAAGACCUGGCUGAGGAGCGCCGUGGGCGGCUCCAGGAGAGACUGCGGCUGACCCAGCUGAAGCGGGAGGUGGAUGACCUGGAACAGUGGAUCGCAGAAAGGGAGGUGGUUGCCGGCUCCCACGAACUAGGACAGGACUAUGAACACGUCACUAUGCUUAGGGACAAGUUCCGGGAGUUUGCUCGUGACACCAGCACCAUCGGCCAAGAGCGUGUGGAUGGUGUCAAUGGGCUGGCAGAUGACCUGAUUGAGUCGGGUCAUCCUGAGAACGCCAGCGUGGCUGAGUGGAAAGACGGGUUAAAUGAGGCCUGGGCUGAUCUCCUAGAGCUGAUUGACACGCGCACACAAAUGUUAGCCGCCUCCUAUGAGCUGCACCGCUUCCAUCAAGAUGCCAUGGAGGUGCUUGGACGCGUUAAGGAGAAGAAGGAUGGGCUACCUUCUGACCUUGGACGUGAUCUUAACACCGUUCAGCAUCUACACAGACAGCACAACACAUUUGAAAAUGACAUCCAGGCCCUCAGUGGACAGGUGAACCAGGUACAAGACGAUGCUGCGCGGCUGCAGAAGGCUUAUGCCGGGGAGAAAGCUGAUGACAUUAACAGGAGUGAACAUGCCGUCACCUCUGCCUGGGAGGGUCUGCUUGAGGCUGGAACAGCCCGCAGGCUCCUCCUGCUGGACACUGUUGAGAAGUUCCGCUUCUUCAACAUGGUGCGGGAUCUGAUGCUCUGGAUGGACGGCAUCAACCUGCAGAUUGACGCACAUGAUAGCCCCAGGGAUGUUUCUUCUGCAGGGUUAGUCAUUAACAACCAUCAAGACAUCAAGUCAGAGAUUGACACCAGAGCAGACAGCUUUACCGCCUGCAAUGAGAUGGGAAAUACCCUCAUCAACAACAAUCACUAUGCAGCGGAUGAGAUCCGAGAGAAACUGACCCAACUCCAAGAAAAGAGGGACAGGAUCAACAAAAACUGGCAAGACAAGAUGGAUCAUUUACAAAUUGUGCUGGAGGUGUUGCAGUUUGGACGUGACGCCUAUGUGGCAGAGUCCUGGUUGGCGGGUCAGGAACCUCUGGUGCGAGCGGCCGAGCUGGGUGGAAAUGUGGAUGAGGUAGAGAGUCUAAUAAAGCGCCACGAGGCCUUUGAGAAACUUGCCGCGGCAUGGGAAGACCGCUUUGUGCUGCUGGAGAAACUCACCACACUGGAGGAGCAUGAGAUCCAAAGGAGGCGAGAGGAGGAGGAGAGAGCCCGGCGACCCCCUACACCGCCCCCAGCUGAAGAAGUCGCACAGACCGAGACAGAAAGUCACGUUCACGAUUCUGCAGCCAGAACCAGUCUGGACCAGACCACGCUCAAUCAGUCGGUCUCAGUGAAUGGAGUUCACAGCGACAACGACACAUCACAGGGCUCGGAGACGGAUUCUGUGAACGGACCAGGUAGAGACAGCGGGCUGGCUUCUUCACGCCUUGAACCGUCCGCCACGUUACCGAGCAGGGGCGGAGCAGAGUCUGAGCCAGAAACCAUGGAGGGGAUGCUUUAUCGAAAACAGGAGAUGGAGUCUCACAGCAAAAAGGCAGCUACCAGGUCCUGGCAGAAUGUGUACUGUGUCUUAAGAAAAGGAAGUCUUGGUUUUUAUAAAGACAACAGGAGCGCUAGCAAUGGCAUUCCAUACCAUGGAGAAGUACCCAUCAGCCUCGGGGAGGCUGUGUGUGAGGUUGCCCAUGACUAUAAGAAGAGGAAACAUGUAUUUAAGCUCAGGCUAGGAGACGGAAAAGAGUACCUGUUCCAAGCAAAGGAUGAGGCGGAAAUGAGCUCCUGGAUCCGAUCCAUCCUUGGCUCCAUUCCAGCGGGAGCAGGAGACUCGCCCGGAGGUCCACGGGCGCUCAGUCGUGCCAUGACGAUGCCCCCCAUCUCCCCCAGCUCAGGUGAUGCAGGAGGAGGCGUUACCAUGCGCAACAAAGACGGGAAAGACAGAGAUCGCGAGAAGAGGUUCAGCUUCUUUGGCAAGAAAAAAUAGAACACUUGUUAAAUCAUCGAUGGAAGCUACAUCAUGUCAAAAUGUCAAAGAACUGAAGCAGGCAGAAAGUAAUUGCAAACAGGUCCCACAAACACACUGCUCUCAGCGCAGGCCCCCCGAGGAAUUUGUCGACAGCUGCUGUAUGUGGCUUACAGAGAACUUUUUCUUUCUCUUUGAUUCUCUCCCUCGCCAGUUUUAUCUGUUAAGUUUCUUUUUCCUUCAACAAAUGCAUUUAUCACAAAAAUCUGCACACGACACCCUCAUCCAGUUUCGGCUGAAUAGCAGAACUCUUCACUCUGUCAGUAACAAGUGCGGCUGGCAUUAGCAGGGACCCAGACCUGGUUCAAAUCCACCAAAAAUGUCUUCUUUCAGCAUGAAUAAUUUCAGUGUGUCUUUGCUAGCUGAGCCGUUUAGAGGACUUUCGCUGAGAAAUGAAUGGUUGCUUUCUGCUGUGGAGCACGCUGGUUUUAUUUCUCCUCUUCCAAUCGUUCUCUCUUUGAAAAGGAUCACAUCAGUCUCUCUUUCCGUUCUUUGUAUUGAUGUUAUUAACCUGACCGAUAUUAUUGCUGUUAUUAUUAUUAUUAUUAUUAUUAUUAUUUAUCUUGCUGGUUUGAAAAACGGACUAAUUCAUAUGACAAUAGAUAAUCUUGAUUCAUGUUGUGGAGAGAAACAACUUUGGUUCAACUAGUGGAGAAUGUUGGGUUUUCCCCUUUGUAUGUAUUAUUAUUAUUCUUUUUUAGGAAUGAGUUUAUGAGGUGUUUUGAGAAAAAUAAAGCUCAAUAAAUUUUAGCUGUUUGCAGUAAGUGAUCACAAGUGAAAUUGGGAAAAUGAUAUAUAUAUUUAAUAAGUGGUUUUAUUUUUUAUUUGAUUGUUUUCUUGCCUGUAUCUGAUUAUUUCUUUUGAGUGAUCUUUUCUGCUUGAUUUUCAGUUUUCUUUUUUUUUUUCUGUACAAAGCAGAGAAGAUUAGUUUUCUAGUGUGUGUGUGUGUGCGUGACUGCGUGUGCGUGUGUGUGAGUUGUGGUGCUGUGGAUUUUGCACGUUUAUGUUAUUGAUCAAACGUGGCCAGAUGAAUGCUGCUUUUAGCUCCGUUGACAAAAGCCAGGCACAAACGCAGACAAAUUUGACGAGAAUGAUUUCAUAAAGUUAGAUUUUCUUUGCUUUUGGGUUUUUAUUAUAUGUAAGCUGACAUUACCAAUGAAGUUCAUCAAGACAGUUCCAUUAUUUCUGUUUUUAAGUCUUCUAACUUGCUGUUCUUUCUCUACUGGUGUGAAGGCAUGGGGGACAAUUUGUAGACAAAAAGCUGAAGCACAUUUUCUGUGGCAGUCCACAGACUGGGAGCAGUACAGACGGACAGCUGACGGGUGUCAUUACAGGUGAAAGGAGAGGGAUGUAGAAGUGAGAUUGGAUAGGCAGUGAAGAUAUGCGCGUAAUGUGCUACCGGACGGACAGAGGUGUACUGAGCCUUACUUGAACCCACUACAGAUACACUGAACCCUUUUUUACAAGCCCAUCCUCCAUUGAGACAGUCCUAAAGGAAGCCUUUGUAGUACUAAGAGGAGUGUUCAAAAUGUGCCCUGUGGCAAUGAUCUAAUGUAUGUCAGUGGAUUAUAUAUGCAGGUACAAUAAAAAUCAACAGUAAAACCUCUGCUUUCUGGCGUUUGCAGAGAUGGGAAAGUCCUAAAUCGUCUCUUAGAUGAGCUACGAGCUCUCGAGUAUAUGGCAUGACUUCAUGUAGGUUUAUUCUUGUACGUGUCUCAUCAUUGCCGUCUAUUCUCCUCUGUGUCCAUGUGCUCUGAAAACACGAGAUCGCUUCAUAAUCAGGGCCGGAGAGCAAUUAAUCACCUGUAAUUGGCAUUUAUAAUCAAAAACCAUGAUAAUGGCAAUCAAAUAUAGUAAAUGUUAAUAAGUGAUAGGUGUCAACUAGUUUCCUAAAUGACUGUACACGUUUAAACUAAAAAAAAUAAAUGAACAGUAUACUGUGAGACUGUAGGCAGUAGUGCAUUUUAUAUAAAUAACUUGAGACCAUUAGAUGGGUUGUUCAUUGUUAAUAAGUCAGCCACUUAAUUUGCCUUUUCUAACUGCCAAAAUGCAACAGAAAGUAACAGGGGAACAAUUGAGUUUAAAAGCUUAAUGGAUAAUCUUUCAAGGAGGUUGCAACUUAUCAAUAAAUAUUCUUUUUUUUUGUUUGUUUUUUUUAAUCUUGAGAGGAACUCUUUAAAGCCGAAUAUACCACAGGAAUGUCGCACUAAACUGAAACUGCUGGAAGUAAAACUUGUAUUAGGUUGCAGUUUCAACAGGUUGGCCUUAUUUUCCAGUCCCAAAAUGAAUGUGGUCGAAAAGCUCAAAUCCAAGAUCCCCCCAAGUCAGGGACGAGAGACACCAGAACAUCCACUUAGUGACUAUUGAAAGAGUUCAGUCAAGUUGGCCACACAUGGUCAGAAACUUUAUCAAACUGACCGCCUUGUAUCUGUCAGACUUUGAGUCUUGGCUGUAUGAUAGCAGCCUACAGCGUGGUUACCGAGUAAAUAAGGUCAUUGCAUACAUAAGUGAGCCGAUGCAGCUAGCAUACAUUGUGCAGAAUUUGAAGGAGGAGUCAUUCUUCCCCAGUGUUGGAGCUGGUUUUAGUGAAUAUUGCUACCUUUUCUCUACUCUGGACGUCGAACGCGGCAUAUAGUUGGUGUUCGGGAGUCUAAAGGUCGCACAGUGUAUUUUCUUAUCAGCUGAUUUGAAUGUGAAUGAUUCAAAUUAGUUUGGCCAAAUUGGUCAUGUGAAGCAAAAACAUUUCUCUCAUACAGUACUUGACAUACUACACAUGAGCUGUCACUCUCCCUCUUUCACACAAACGCCCACAUGAAUACAGUACUGUGUAUUUAAUGCAGAGCGACCCUGCUGAUCCUGGCUGUGAUUCGAUGUUGCAUACUGCAUCCUUUUUCAAAUGGCAUUGUGCUACAGGUGAGCUUUGACCACAACAUGGAAAGUGUGUAUUAUUGAUGUCAAAGAGAUGAGUUUUUGGUUAAGACAGUACUUGUAACUAUGGAGUACUUAAUGAAGAAAAAAACAACAACUUUUACUUGUUAAGUAUUAGAUAUGAGUGAAACAGACUGGUGACAAUUUGAGCUUCCUUUAUUUUUUAGAAGGCAGGAUAUUUGCUGUCUAGUGGGAGCUUGUAUUUUUUCAUCCAGUGGUCUUUCUUGCAGCAUUUGAUAAGCCUGUCCACCUACCUUCAUCUCUCAUUACUUUUGACCAAUGUCUGUUCCUUCCUCUGUAAUUCAGAGUUGUUAAUACCACUACUAUUAUUAAUUGCUAUUAUUACAUUAUUGCUACUGUUGUUACUAUUACUACUACUGUUACUAAUGCAACCUAUUGCAAAACGUGUAACUGCUGUCCAUUUUCAGGUACGUGUCUGUAAUACCAGACCCUUCCACACGAUGUCAGUGUGCUGUGGAGCAUUUUCAUUACAAAUGGAAAAUAAUGUUUGUUGACUUGUGUAUCUACAUCUAAUAUUAGGAAUAAUAAAACGUGGUUUAAUCAAAACGAUUA